AUGGCUAUCACCGAAGAUGGAGGCUUUUGGAUAUGUCAGUUGCGUGGUGUCCCAACUCAGUCGUGUACUUCUGUGUACUGUGAUGUGACACUCACUAAGCUCCUGUCAGUGAAUGAGGUGCGCAAGGCAAUGAAAUGGGAGAAUUUGUGCAUAGUGGCUGUGGUUGGUGGUAAUAAUGUUAGUUUGGUAGAAGGUAAGGGUGGGAAGAUGGACGAGGUAAAGGGGUUGAGUAUGAACAUGGUUCAGAGUGGUGGAUUUUGGACUCAACUAACUUGGCAAGGCUCAAGGCUUGAGAAAUCGAGGAUAAUUAGAAAAGGAUUGUUGGGUGCCAAUGGCAUACCUAGGGUGUAUUGUGAAGAGGUAGAAGUAGUGAGACCAGGCAAAGUGGAAUUGUUGGUGCUUGGUCCACUAGUAAGUGGCUGA